AUGGAGCUUCCUUCUCUUACCACGAGCACAGUGGUUGUGCUGGCUAUUUUCCUCCUAUACCGAGGUGUGAUCUACCCUGCAUUUCUAUCUCCGCUCGCAAGAAUUCCAAAUGCGCACUGGACGGCUCCAAUCUCUCCUUUCUGGAUUCUCUGGAAACGGUACCAGAGUCAAAAUAAUCGGACAAUCCACGCGGCCCACGAACGGCUAGGACCAAUUGUCCGACUUGCACCCUCGGAGAUAUCUAUCAACUGCGUUGAAGGAGGCAUAAAGCCAGUCUAUACAGGCGGCUUCGAGAAGCAUGAGUGGUAUCCUCGAGUCUUUGGUUCCUUUGGGACCGUCAGUAUGUUUACAAUGACCGGGAGCAAAGCCCAUUCCACCCGGAAAAGGAUGUUGUCCAACAUCUAUAGCAAGUCGUUCUUACAGUCGUCUCCUCAUCUGCGGCUUAUCUCUCGCACAGUCAUCUAUGACCGGCUUUUGCCUAUCCUCCAAGAAGCUGCCAUUUCGAAUACAGAGACGGAUAUCCAUGAUCUGAACCAGGGGCUGACCAUGGAUUUUGUCUCAGCGUAUCUCUUCGGUCUUGCCAACGGUACUAACUUCUUGCAAAACCACGAAUACAGACGCGAAAUGCUGCAUCUUUAUCAAUGCCGAAAGCCAUUCGAGUUUUACCACCAGGAAGUCCCAGACCUUCUUAACUGGCUCAAGGCUAUAGGCAUUCGGCUAAUUCCAAGGUGGUGCGAUACUGCCAAUGAGAUUCUCGAUUCCUGGGGCUUAGGUCUCUGCGACAAGGCAGAAGCAUCUAUAAGUUCGACCGACAUUGGUGUCGAGCCUGUUGUAUACAAGCACCUGAAACAAGCCAUUUCAAAGCAGGACCUAAAAACCGACAACCUCGAACUCAACGCAAAGUACCUCGAGCAACAGCGACUCGACAUCGCCUGCGAGAUGUACGACCAUCUCACAGCAGGCCACGAAACCAGCGCCGUCGUCCUGACAUAUCUGCUCUGGGAACUCUCCCGGCAUCAAAACAUUCAAGACGACCUACACAAUGAGCUUGCCACCUUGGAACCAAGGAUCACACUCCCUCUCCUAUCGCAAGACACCGAACUUCCGUCACCUAAAUCCAUUGACUCUCUACCUCUCCUCGAAGCAAUCCUAACAGAAACCCUACGCCUCCACGCCUCUAUUCCCGGUAUCCAACCCCGCGUGACCCCUUCCCCAACCUGCACACUCGCCGGCUACGGCAACAUCCCCGCCAACACGCGGGUAAACGCCCAGGCGUACUCGCUCCACCGCAACCCAGCGGUCUUCCCAGAGCCUGAAACCUGGGAGCCGAAGCGGUGGCUGAGGGAGCACAAUUCAUCUUCAGACCUAGAGGAAAGAAAGCGCUGGUUUUGGGCAUUUGGAAGCGGGGGGCGGAUGUGUGUAGGGAGUAACCUGGCUCUGCAAGGUAAGUUUGCACCCGGUAAAAGUAACUCUUUUGACCGGUAUAUCCAGAGAUGA